UUUGAGGCGAUGGAAAGAUAUUCUUUAUUCUUUGUUUGGAUCCCCAUUAGCAGACACAUUGGCGACCGCGAGUCUUCCUGGGGUCUGAAAUAUAUAUCAACAGAGAAACUGAGAAGAGGCCUGGGUUUGGAAAUGUUGAAGUCUGAAGAUUAGAGUGAAACCUUUUCAAAACAACAUCCAUCCAAGAGAGGAAAUGAGAGUACAAGACAGAAAGAAAGGCAGAGGAGAAGGGAAAGGGAGAGAACAACUGAUGGGCUGCUAUGUGCUCUCUGACCGUCGGAUCUACUGACUGGGAGUACCCUCAUCAGUGACGGACUUGACUGGCCUGAACGAAGUGCAAUGAUACAGUUAAAGUAUUCUUAGGGGAAUUCAUAGAUUACAUAUUCCCUUUCAGUGUAGUUACUCAUUCACUGUGAGUGAGGCUCAGACAGGAUAGCUGUAUGGUGGAGAAGAAGCAAAAAGACGGAUUUUAGAGUGAUGGGGUCCUGUGUGGCCUUGGUGCCUGUCCUUCUGCUCCUGUCCUCCCUGCAGCACACCAGUGAGGCUGGAAGGGUCCUGGUCUACCCUGUCGACGGCAGCCACUGGCUCAACAUGAGGAUACUGGUGGAGGCGCUUCACACCCAGGGUCACCAGGUGACCAUUCUGCGCUCCUCCACCAGCUGGUACGUGGCUGAACACUCCCCCCACUACACCUCCAUCACUGUGCCCCAGGCUCAGCCCCAGAACAUCGAGAGUCAGGAGUUCAUGGCCCACUUCCUGAAGAGGUCGCUGGAGAUCCAGCGGGGCAGGGGCUCACCCUGGGCCUUCCUGCAGUUCUGUGGGAACCUCUUCAGCAUGCUGAGGCAGAACCAGGAGAUGGUGGCUGAGCUGGUCGUCACCAUGUUUGAGAACCAGACUCUGAUGACAGAUCUGAAAGAGGCUGAGUAUGACCUGGUCCUGACUGACCCAGUGUUCCCUGCCGGGGUCCUGGUGGCCCACUACCUCCAGCUCCCCCUGGUUCUCAAUGUGCGCUGGCACCUCAGCGGGGAGGGACACUUUGCCAUCGCUCCCUCGCCACUAUCCUACGUCCCUCAAAUAUUCUCCCGCAACUCUGACCUGAUGAACUUUGCACAGAGGCUGAGUAACAUAUUCUACCACUGUCUCAGCUACUACAUGUAUCGUUACGUCUCCAACCCGCCUUACCAGGCCGUGUGCGACCGCUACUUUGCCAAUGAUGAGGUGGACGUCAUAUCCCUUAUCCAGGGAGCUGAUCUGUGGCUGAUGAGGGUGGACUUCGUCUUUGAGUUCCCUAGACCCACCAUGCCGAACGUGGUCUACACUGGUGGGUUCCAGUGCAAACCCUCCAAGCCUUUACCUGCAGCUUUAGAGGAGUUUGUCCAGAGUUCUGGAGAACACGGGGUGGUGGUGAUGUCACUGGGGACUCUGUUGGGUGGACUGGAUCCAGAGAUGACAGAGGUCAUAGCCUCAGCCUUCGCCCGGCUGCCCCAGAAGGUGGUGUGGAGACACCUGGGAGAGAGGCCUUUGUCUCUAGGCAACAACACCCUGCUAGUGAAAUGGCUGCCUCAGAACGACCUCCUGGGUCACCCCAAAACCAAAGUGUUCGUCACACACGGGGGCACCAACGGGAUCUACGAGGCCAUCUAUCACGGAGUCCCAUUGUUGGGUAUCCCUCUCAUCUUUGACCAGUUUGAUAACAUGGUGCGCAUGAAGGCCAGAGGAGUGGCGGAGGUUAUAGAGGUUACAACGUUAGAGGUGGAAUCCUUAACACAGACUCUGAUGGGCAUUCUGGACGAAGAGAAGCCCUACAGAGAGAAUAUGAGAAGACUAUCACGGUUGCACCACGACCGGCCUAUAGAACCUUUGGACAGCGCCAUCUUCUGGCUGGAGUUUGUUAUGAGACACAAGGGGGCAGCUCACCUACGUACAGAGUCCUAUAAGAUGCCAUGGUAUGUCUAUCAUAAUGUGGAUGUUCUAGCACUGCUGCUGGGCUCUGCUCUGCUUGUUUUGGUGUUGCUUGUGGUUUCCUGUAUGUGCUUGGUAAGAGGAUUACGAAAGAGGAUAAAGUCCAAGUUGGAGUGAUUAUGUUACUUAUGGCCUACUUACUUAGUUAUUACACAGCUUACAAUCCAAGCAUACAGUAGAUAGAUAUGGGGAAAGCAAUUGCAAAAAAACUGAAGGUUGUUAUAAUGGGAUUUCCAAAGUGUGUCUGUCUCUGGUAUUUUAUGUAGAGAACCUUCCUAAUAUAUCAAAGAUAUAGGUUGUAAAUAUUUAUUACAUGCACUUUUUGAAUCAAGGUUUUAUUGGGUUAUUAUGAUGCAAUCCUACAUUUGCCAUGUAUUUUCACUCAUGUUUCACUCAAUUGUGUAAUAUACAGUGUAAAUGGUGACAAUUUUUGGGUUUUGAAUAAAAUGAGAAUACGUUCAAAUGAUGCGGAAUAAACAGCGAAAGUCUUCUUGAUAACUUUGCAUUUUCACGUCAAUACUUCACAAGCCACUUUUUAAAACCUUAUGGUCAGGUAUGCAUCAGAUCACCACACAUGAAAUCCUCACGUGGUGAUAACUCUACAUCUUGAAAGCAGAUUUACACCUUUUGUGAAAACAACAUUUCCUGUUCUUCUGCAAAUGCAUUCACAGCACUUUGUGUUUUCACAUGGCUCUUAUUGUAUCCUUAAUACAAGGCAUCAUAAACCAAUACAGCCUACUGUGUGCUUAGUUGCAACUGUCUGGCAAAUAUUAUACAUUUACAACAUCUGUUGAAUAUACUGUAUAUUUACAAUAUAUUUACAUCUCUUAGAUACAAUGAAUAACCAGGAAUGUACAUUCAUGCAGAUGACCAUGCAAGGAAUACAAUGUACUUUCCAUAUCAGCAUAUUUAUAGUACAGCUCAGUAAACACAGCAAACACACAAGAGACCUAUAGAAAUCUGGGAACUGUACUUUGAACUUCUGUCACGUUCUGACCUUUAUUUCCUUUGUUUUGUAUUUAUUUAGUUUGGUCAGGGCGUGAGUUGGGUGGGCAGUCUAUGUUUGUUUUUCUAUGAUUUGGGUAUUUCUAUGUUUCGGCCUAGUAUGGUUCUCAAUCAGAGGCAGGUGUCUCUGUUGUCUCUGAUUGAGAAUCAUACUUAGGUAGCCUGGGUUUCACUGUGUGUUUGUGGGUGAUUGUUCCUGUCUCUGUGUUUGCACCAGAUAGGACUGUUUGGGGUUUUCACGUUUCUUGUUUUUGUAUUCAGUUGUUCAUGUGUACAUUUACUUAUUAAAAGAACCAUGGA